AUGACAGUUCUGCUUCAACACAGUUUGAGGACUCCAUGGUGAUAACUGCUACAACACCGCAAACACAGCCUGACAAUGCUCAGACCUACAGGUUGGUGCAACUAGGAGCUAACCCUGAUGAUAUGACGAAUGUUGAAGUGAGUGAAAUGAUAGAUGAGAUCGUCAGCAACAUUAACAAAACUGAACAUGGACCCGCAGUGACGGAGAAUGCAGAACCUACCUCAACUGCUACAACGCAGGAAAACGUUUUUAGCCUUGGAUUAGAAAAAACUCCAAAACCUGCAGGAGAGUUACUAAAGGAAGCUGCGAAUACAAUAAGAGAAAGGCAACCAUCAUUAAUACAACAACUUUACUUCUUUGUAAUGCAGAGACAUUACUUGGAUGGAACUCAAAGAAGAUGGUAG